AUGAACACGCUUCUUACCUUCCUCGUCUCGACAGCGGCCGUCGCCAUGCCCAUCAUGGCGCAAACUUUAUCAGCGGGCUCGACUGUUCAAUUCGGAUCCAACGAGAACCCGGAUCUCUGCCUCGGCGCUGUAUACACUUACGAGUACGCUCAGAUCCUUCUCCAACCAUGCGGCGCCCCUGGUACCACCUUCACGCUCGACAACGGUAUUUCUUCCAUCGCAACGCGCCUCGAAGUUGUCUACAGCGGAGACGAACCUCUGUGCGUCAACGCGGUCGACUCGCAAGCCGGGAACACGCCAGUCCUUCUUGAGGUAUGCGCGGACGACUUGUUCGAGCGCUGGUAUGUCGAGGGCGGAACGGGCACCGGACAGAUCAGGUCUGCGGUAGAGACCGAGGACUUCUGUCUCACUGCGGCCGUGGACGGACAAGGCGAUCCGGUCGAGUAUCAGGUCUGCACUGGAACGCCAAACCAGCAAUGGAGCACCUAUGUGAUCGACGAGGCGUAG